CCUAGAGGCACUGUAUGUCUGCAACUCAGUAAACGGACAAUACAGCGAGCAGAGAAGAAAACUUGCAAACAACAUUUUUCUAACAAGAUCGAUCAUGUUUCUUCCUCAUGAAUUGAUUAUCGAAAUCUUACUGAGGUUGCCGGUAAAGUCUCUUUUACGUUUCAAGUCUGUUUGUAAGUUGUGGUUUUCUCUCAUCUCUCAUGAUCCCCACUUUGCAAAUUCACAUUUUCAACUUAACUCUACAACACACACUCGUAGAAUUCUAUUAAUAUCAUAUUCAACUCAUCAAUCUCUAUCCAUAGAUUUUGAAGCAUCGCUUGACGAUGACAAUGCUUCUGUUUCACACAACCUUGAUUAUAUCUUUCCAGAGGAUUUUAGAGGUUUUGAAAUUAGAGGAUCAUGCAGAGGUUUCAUACUUUUCUGCAGUUCAUUAAACAUCUAUAUAUGGAAUCCAACCACUGGAGUUCACAAACAAAUACCUUUAUCUCCUUUUGGUUCCAAUGUUGAUUCCAAUUUAGACAAUGAAUAUUUCUAUGGUUUUGGGUACGACCAUUCAACCGAAGAUUACUUGGUUGUUUUAAUGUCCUAUCAUUAUUCAGAUGAUCCUACAUUACACUUGGAGUACUUCUCAUUGAAAGCUAAUACAUGGAAAGAAGUUAAGGGUCCUCACUUCCCUUAUAGCUCCGAGAUUGAGCCCACAGGUGGGUGUCUAUACAAGGGAGCUAUUCAUUGGUUGGCUUAUCGUUAUGAUUUACAAACUGAUGUUAUUGUUGCAUUUGAUUUAUUGGAAAAGAAACUUUCAUAUAUGCCUUUGCCACAUCCUUUGCAAUGUGGUGGUUUGUGGGUAUAUGGAGAAUAUCUCAGCGUAUAUACUGAGAAUGAUACUGAUGAUGAAGUUGAAAUAUGGGUCAUGAAAGAAUACAAAGUGAACUCCUCUUGGACUCUUGUUCUUACUAUUGAUCUCAGCGUUUGCCCAAAUGUGGCCUUUUCUCCAUUGUGCUGUACAAAAAGUGGUGAUAUAAUUGGGGCAGGUGAACGCGAUAGAUUGGUGAAGUAUGAUAAAAAUGGACAAUUUCUCGAGCUACAUUCUUAUCCUAAAUACGAUCUUAUAUGCAAAAUGACUAUGUAUAUAGAUUCUCUGCUUUCACUCCCUGGUGAUGGUGAUAACAAGCAAGCUUCAGUAGAUGACAGAAACAAGAAGAAUGAGGUUAUGAAAUAUCCCCCUUCACUAUUUUCUUGAUAUUUAUAAUGAACUAGAUCAUAACUCAUAAUGUUACAAUGGCUAUGUAUGUAUAGUCUUUGCAGUGAAGUGUUUAAGUAGAUGAGGUUCUUCUGAAUCAUAUGUUUGAAUGGUAACAAAUUGACAGUUUUGUUUGUGUGAUUCACUGUUAUUUAUGUAUGUAGCUGGAUUUUAUUCUAAUAUAUGUUUUGAUUAUUGCUUGAAAUUGUCUUAUAAGAUAAAUUAUUCCAAUGAGUUUAGCAGAUUGUAUACUGUUUGAAUUUUUAUAGCUAUCUACAUUCUUGUAUUAGACCCUGAUGGAAAAAAUUUGACUUGGCUGAACUGAGUCCUAAUAAACUAGCGAAGGCUUCCAAAAGAGCUAAUGAAAAUGAUUUGAGUUCUAAUUUAUAUUGUAGUGGCUGCUAGAAAUUGUUUAAUAUAAUUAAAUAUAUGACGAGAGUUUAUGCAUAUUGAGAAAGAUCAAAAUCAAAAUCACAAUUACAUGUCGGAGGGGAUAACACAUAUAUUCCACUUGAAGUUACCUAUCGGUAAUCCUAUUACAUAUGCUGUGCAAAAGUGUUCUUUGCUUUCAUCAUAUAAUUUAUGGAAAUUUUACAAGACCUUCCAAGUGUGUUUGUAAGUCAUGGUUUUCUCUUAUAUCUCAUGAUCCCCACUUUGCAAAUUCCUAUUUUCAACUUAACUUUGUAACCCACAUUGGUAGAAUUCUAUUAAUAGAAACUUCAACUCAUGAAGCUAGAUCUAUAGAUUUUGAAGCAUCCUUGAACGACGAUUCUGCUUCUACUUCACUCAAUCUUAAUUUUAUGCAUCCUCGUUCUUUUAUUUUUAUUGAAAUUAAAAGUUCAUGCAAAGGGACUGUUUUUCAAACGUGUAUCUACGUAAUCCAUCCACUGGAUUUCACAAACAAAUACCUUUGUACCCUAUUGAUUUAGAUUUCUAAUGUUUCUGUUUUCUAUAUGGUUUUGCGUAUGACCAUUUAAUGGAUAACCACUUGGUGGUUUCAAUGUCCCGUGAUUCAAAUGCAGAUGUAAUUUCAUCACAUCAAAAUUUUUUCUCAUUGAGAGUAAUACAUGGAUAGAAAUCAAGGUUGUUCAUUGGUUGGCUAAUCGUAGUGAUUUAUCGAUAAAUGUUCUUGUUUCUUUUGAUUUAAUGGAAAGGAAACUCUUAGAGAUGUUGUUGCCAGAUGAUUUUGAUCAUGAUCCUACACCUAUAGUGAUUUGUGGGUAUUUGGAGAAUUUCUUAGUCUAUGGGCUAUAGGAGAGGAUACCAUUGAAAUAUGGGUUAGGAAAGAAUACAACGUGCAUUCGUCUUGGAUUAAGACUCUUGUACUUCCUCUUGAUGACGUUCUCACUCAGUACUUUUCUCCGAUAUGCUGCUAUACAAAAUGGGGUGAUAUUAUCGGAACAAAUGGUGGUACUGGAUUGGUGGAAUAUGAUGACAAAGGGCAAUGGUAGAGCAUCGUUCCUAUUGUAACGAUCCAAGUGGAUCCCAAGUGGGCAUGUAUAUAGAGUCUCUGCUUUCAUUCCCCUAUGACAAUGGGCAAGCUUAAAAAGAUAACACAAAGACAGAGGUAGUGAAAAAUUCGCCUUCAUCUUUUUCUUAUAUUUAUAAGUAUGUUGUAUUAUGACCUCUUGGCUGGCUGUAUUUGUAGGUUAGUAUGGCCCAGUAUGCCACAUGAGCUAAUGUAACAGGUUUAUUGAAAAUGUUUACAGUUUUGUUUGGUGAUUUAUUGUUAUUCCUUGAA